UGAAAAUAAGUUUGGUUAUCUUUGACCAGAGAAAAGGUUACCAAAACACAAGUAGUAUUUUUACUUUCAAAAACAACCUAAAAAGUAAAAGGUUUGAUUACCUGACGUUUGUGAUAUUUAGUUUAUAUUGAAUGAUUGAAAGAUUGGUAUUGAAGGUGACUGCUUUCGUACGGAUUGCACUUUGAUGAAAUCAGAACACGUGGUAUGUGUCAUGUGAUCCUGUAGCAAUCAGUAUUCCCGCGAUUCUCAGUCUUGCUGGAAUUCUACAUGGCAUCCACGGAGACAUAUCCUGGACAAUUAUAAAACAGGAGAAAGUUCGAAGAAAGAAUAUUUGAAAUAUGAAAAGUUGAUAUUGUACAGAUACCAUGAUUAACAUACUUUUAAUUCUUCUUGUCAUAUACUCUAGUAGAGGAGAAGAAUAUAAAUUCCAGGAUUAUGUGAACCCAAACCAGGUGACUGUUGAUCGUAAUACAGGUGAUGUUUAUGUUUCAGGUGUUAAUUAUUUAUUUCACUUCUCUUCAAACUUAAUGAUCAAAAAUUCACUACAGAUUGGCCCUUAUCCCUCCUCAUUUCCGUGUACUUCAAAACUAGAAAGAAAUUCUACUGGCAGUGAUAACCAAAUACAUGUUUUAGAGAUAAAUCAUGUUGCUCGGAAACUUUUAGUGUGUGGUUCUGUUUGUGAUGGUUUGUGUUCCUACCAUGAUUUAAACAAUAUUUCAACAUGGCAGUGGAUAUCACAAGGAAAAAAUAAUGAAAGUUCUUUUGGUGGAAAAGGUCCUGUGUUAGUGUUGUUUUUAGCAGAAGAAACAGAAGAAUUUAUAGUUGCUAUUUCCCAACCCAGUCCAAAUAAUAUGAUAACAUUCAGAAAGUUUGUGGAUAAUGAAAACAGAAUCAAGUAUAUUGGUGACCAUGGAUUAAACGUUUUUUCAAAAUAUCGUAAAGAACUGAUAGUAAGGUUCAUCAAAGUUUUCAAAAGUGACAAGUUUAUUUAUUUUUUAACUGUUAAAAUGAAAAGUGUGACAAAAUUUGAAGGUUUUGAGACCACCAUAUUUCGGAUUUGUUUGAAUAAUGGUACUAAAUCUGUGUAUCCAUUUUUAGAAAUUCCUAUGAAUUGUGGAAAAGAAUAUACCAUUGCAACUUCAGCCGCAGUUGGACAUUAUACUAACAACAAUUUUAAGGAAUCAGCACUGAUUAUUGCGUUUAGUAAAGCAUCCAAUGACACAUCAGAUAAACCUGAUCCAUGGUCUGGUACAAAGGUUUGUUCAUUUAGAUUGGAACGUAUUGAUAUAGAAUUUGAUUUUAUUAAGACUAAUUGUAAUGAAGAGAUCGCAUCUGUUCCAGAGUGGAUGUUUGGACCGUAUGAACAGUGUAAAAAUUCAUCAGGAGAUAAGAUUUGUGAUAACGUUUAUGGUAGAGCUAUCCAAAGUAAAAGUUCUGAUUUUCAAAAGGAUGAUCAAAAGAAAGAUCAGAACCUUAAAAAGAGUUUAAAAAGAAGUUUAAUAACAUCAAUAAUAACAUCAACAUUUAAUAAUUAUUUACAUAUACUGUUAUCUGUUGAUGAUGGUCAGUUACUACAAUUUUGGCAAAAGACCACACCUGGUUUACCAUGGGAGGAGAAAAAUGAAAAACUAGUUGGAAUAAGUGGACUAAAGCCUGAUACAGCAUCAGAUACAACCAGUGAAUAUGUCUAUGCUCUAAACAGUAAUAAGGUACUGAAGUUCAGUUUGGACUUUUGUCAUGACUAUACAGAUUGUUCUCAGUGUAUGGUUAAGGGUAAAGACUUGGAAUGUAUCUGGGUUAAUUCAAAAUGUGUGGCACCUCAACCGAAUUUGGGCCACAAUCACAAUUCUUGCCCACCAUUAAUUGAUGGGAUUACACCUCUAUAUGGUCCUAUUUCUGGUGGAACUAAAUUAACUUUACAUGGCAGUAAUUUAGGACGUCAGAAUGCUACUGUGAUUGUUGAAGUUUGUGGCAAGCGAUGUGAUGUAAACAAACAAUUAUCAAACAAUAACAGCAUUAUAGUGUGUAAACUAAACGCUGUGAAUAAAAAUAAUACUUGUACUAUAGAAGUAAAUGUUUCUGAACAUAGAUCAGAUUACAGAAUCAGUGGAUUUUCCAAAAGUCGAGUAAAAUUUGAAUAUGUGGAAGUGACACCAUCUUUUAAACCUUUUCAUGGUCCUGAAUCAGGUGGAACAAAAAUUACUAUUACAGGACUAGAUCUGGUAGUAAAUGAUAAAAGUGAUAUUAGUGUGGAAAUUUAUAAUAUCUCAUGUAAUAUUUUACAGAAAAAUAAGGUAGGCCUACUAUGUAAAACAGGAAGAUUUGAGAGGAUGGAUAAUAUAAGUUACAAAAGGGAAGAUAUUGUUUGUAGUAAACUAAAAAUAACUAUUAAUGGUGGUACACUAACUACAAAAGAAGAAUUCUGUUACAUGGAAGAUCCAACCAUUACUGAUUUAGGUCCGUUAAGAAGUAUUAAAAGUGGUGGUACGAAAGUUACAGUAACAGGAACUAAUUUAGAUGUUAUAUCUGAACCCAAAAUAGAAAUUGUUAUGACAAACAGAAGUUAUGUUGAGGAAUGUAAAACAAACAGCGUUAAUGGUACCUCUUUGAUUUGUAAAACACCUAGAACUGAAGAAAUAUCUGAUGAUAAAGUUGAUGCACAUGUCAAUUUCCAAAUGGAUGGUGUAGAAAAACUUAAUAAUUUCUCUAAAUACAAUCCAAAUUCAAGUAGAAUCAUUAUAAGUCCAGAUCCUGAAUUGAAUUUGUAUCUUAGUAAAAGAAUCCAAAAUACUAUAGAUAAAGAUGUUGAAAUCAGUGGAUCAGGAUUGAAACACUUGGACAAUGAUAUUCAAGUUCAAAUUGGAAAACUUGACUGUCCCGUUAAAUGGUUAAGUGAUACUGAAAUUAUUUGCCAUCCAAACAUCACCUAUGAAGCUGUCAAUCAGACUCAUUUUAAAAUUAAGGUUAAAGUUGGCAAUCUUCAAGUUACCAUUGGUACGAUUCAAGUAGAAAAAACCAAAGAGAAUGAAAAUUUUCGUAAUUAUUUAUGGAUAAUUAUUGGUUGUAUAUCUGUAAUUCUUAUUACAGUAAUAGGACUGAGAGUGUAUUGUGCUGUACGUUAUAACAAAUCUAGUCGAGAUAACGAUAGAAAUGGCUUCCAUGAAAUGUCUGAAAGUGUCGGAGACAGCCAGUAUGUUACUACUAUAAGUGGGGUCCAGUUGGUAAAACGAGGAAUGAAUGCUAAAACAUUGAUAGCUAUUGAUGAAUCUCAGUUACUUAUCAAUAAAGAUACAUUGAUUAUUGGUGAGGUCAUUGGAACAGGUAAUUUUGGAUGUGUAUUUGAGGGAUAUUUAAAUGAAGAAGGAGAAGAGCCAACAAAAGUUGCCAUAAAGACACUCCAAGAAAAAGAUUUUGGGGAAUUUAGUUUGAAAGAUUUUGUAGAAGAAGCUUUGAGGAUGAAAGAUUUUGAUCACCCACAUGUUUUGCAACUAUUGGGAAUUAGUUUAAAUAAAGAUAGUUCUCCAUUGGUUGUUCUACCUUAUAUGGGUAAUGGGGAUCUGCUUUCAUUUGUUGCCAAUGAAGAGAAGGAAAUUAGUGUUGAUGAGAUAAUAAGUUUUGCUCUAGAUAUAACUCGAGGUAUGGAAUAUUUAUCUGGAUUAAAGAUUGUACACAGAGAUUUAGCUGCUAGAAACUGUAUGCUUGAUACAAACAUGCGCGUAAAAGUUGCAGAUUUUGGACUAACAAGAGAUGUAUAUGAGAAGGGAUAUUAUCAUAGUGAUAAUAAAAAAACUAAACUACCCAUCAGAUGGAUGGCUUUAGAAAGUAUAGAAAAGGGAAAAUAUAGUACUAAAUCAGAUGUGUGGUCACUAGGUGUUGUUAUAUGGGAGUUAUUUACAAGAGGUGUUACACCUUAUCCUGGUGUAGAAGGAUGGGAUCUAAGCAGAUAUAUUAGAGCUGGAAGACGAUUGCCCAAACCCUGGUUUUGUCCGGAUGAUAUGUACGAGUUAAUGUUAAAGUGUUGGGAUAUUAAUGCCAAUAAUCGUCCAGAUUUCUCUAUAGUUACAACAGAACUAUGUCAAAUGGCUCAGGUUUAUGAGGAAGUGAAACCACAAUCGAAAACCUCAGAAGAAUUAAAAUCGCCAUAUGCAAUGGUAGCAGAUGCUUUGCCAGACUAUACAAAUAUUCCAUCAAUCAUAAUUAUAAAAACUCUUGUAAGCAUUCCACAAUGUUAUCAGUAUCAUGAUGAUAUUCCAGAACCACCCCGGACAUACUUUCUCCUUGAUUCUACUACUGACUAGUGGCUCUAUUCUGAUACCAAAUAUACUCUCUUAAUCUUUAUUUAUUACAAAUAUUCACAUUUAACAGGCAUUAGUAACAACCAGAAAAGGCUAAAUUAUUGAAAACACAAGAAGAUAACCUUUUCAAAAAUGGUGUCAUACUGUAUUUCAUGAUUAAGGUUAUAUUGGAAGUUUGGUUCUUAACCAAAAUUAAUGACUUGUAACAAAAUUAACUGUAAUGUAUUUAUUUUAAUUGUAAAGUGCCAUUGAAUGCAUGUAUUGCAGUAAUGAGCGCUAUAUUGAUGUAUUUAGUUGUCACUGUACAAAAUUUCAUCACAGAUUUUAUGUAGAAAUAUGUUCAUAAAUUUAAAAUACAAUAUACAUGUUAAGUUAAAUGGUUUCAAUUUGGGGGGGUCACAGUGGCUACGUGGGUAAGAUGCUGGCUCGCUAGCCUGGAGGUUGGGGGUUCGAUCCCUGCAUUGGCGAAGAAAGUUCACCCAGAUUUUCCGGCAUGGUUCCCCCUUGUCAGGGAUGCAGGAUGGAGGGCCUGAGGACAACUAUCUAGUCAUUCAGAUGACACGAAAAACUGAGGGCCUGUGUAAAUUGGCGUGCACGUAAAAGAUCCGUUGACAGUUGGAAUCCGCUUUAAGAGUAGCCGUAGUGCCGCUGUCAGGGCAAAAUUUCCCUCAUAGCAUACCGUAUAUGGCAUAUGCCCGUCUUCAUUUGCCCAGUUCAGAGCAAAACAGUAGGACAUUAAACCCCAUUUCAUUUCAUUUCAGUUUCAAUUUGGUAAUAAAUAACUAUAGCAAAAAUUAUUAAUAUGUGCUAGGUGACUCACUGUGUACUUUUAAUACACCCACCCACAAUCGGUCUGACCAAGUUUUCUUGUGAACUGUCUAUACACAAUGAUGAACACUAUCGGAAAUAUAUGAACCUGCAGCGAUUCAGUGAUAAAUUAAUGAAAUCUUGAAUCUUCUUUCAGGGGCAUAUUUGCCAGUCUUUACUGACUGCCAAUGAAAUUGACUGUCUGGAGAACUUACCUGUCAGUCAUUUUACAUGUCAUAAAAUUACAAUUUCUAAGAAUUUAAUCUUACAAUACAAUAAUUACAAUUAUAUAUAUGUUUUUUAUACACCCAAAUUGAUCGUGGUCGUAUAUUGUUGUUGCCCCCGUCCAUCUGUCGGUUCGCUGUCCACAAUUGCUUGUGGACGCUCUAGAGGCGAAAGUUAAUAUCCGAUUGACUUUAAAUUUAUACACUGUGUUUAAGGUCAUGAGACGAAGACGCCUAUUGAUUUUCAACAAUUUCCGAUAAUUACUGCCCUUGGCCCUUGAUCACUUUGGAAAAUCUUGUGGACGCUAUAGAGGCUAAAGUUAAUAUCCGAUUGACUUUAAAUUUAUACACAGUGUUUGAGGUCAUGAGAUAAAGAAGCCUAAUGAUUUUCAACAAUUUCUGAUUAUUAUUGUCAGAGUUGUGGCUCUUGAUCACUUUGAAAAAUCUUGUGGAUGCUCUAGAGACAAAAGUUUAUAUCCGACUUACUUUAAAUUUAUACACAGUGUUUAAGGUCAUCGGGUCAUGAUUUUAUAAUUAUACACUAUGUUUACGCCUAUAUAUAAUCGUUUCGAUUGACUUUAGAUUAAUACACAGAGUUUAAGGUAUUGAGACGAACAAGUAUAUUGAUUUUCAAUGAUAUUAAUGUUUUGUCUACUAAACGUUAGCAUGGGGCAAAUAAAUUCUAAUGACUAUUAAUGAGUUGUUACUCUUAAUCAGAUUUUAUAAAUGUUUCAUUACCGACAAAAGUAAAAAAUAUGCGACAACUCUUGUUGGCUGCCCGGACGAUUUAGCUGCUGUGGGUGUAUGUUUCAUUGCCUGGCAACCUAUCUUUUAAUGUGAAAUGCUAAUAAAUGGUGAUAUUCUUUGGAAAAAGAUCUUCCUAAUCUGAAAUAAACAAAAUACGCCAAAAUUUGAACUGAAUGUUCUGAAGAAAACUAUAAUGACAUACAUAAGCUUUUAUUAAUAUUAUGUAUGAUUUUAAUGCUUUUAUAAAUGGUGCUUUUUAUCUCAGUAUAAGACUGUAAAUAUAGAUUAGCAAUGUGUAAAUAUAUAAGUGAAAUUGAUAUUAAUAAUGAGGUUUAAACAGAUAAGUAUUCCUACUAUUGUUAAGUUUGAAUUGUUUUUUGUUUAAUAGUCUUAUAAUGUUACAUGAAAAGUAAAUAUAUAUUUUAAUUGUUUUAUAGUGCAGCUGAUUAAAUUUUUGGUUAAUUUAAAUGGUUUUUUUUUGUAAUCUUUUAGUGCUUUUAUAGUAGAUCAUCUUAAUUAUUAUGCAGUGUUUCCAGGCUGAUAUAUGAUUUAACUACAUAGUUGCGAUCAUUUCAUCUCAAAUUGUCACUGCUUUUGACUGGACAACAACCAGUCACUGUGUAAGUGGUGAAUGGCAUUCUGGCUGUUGGCUUUUACAAUUCACACAAUGACUUACUGGAAAUAUUUGAUGUAUUCAAAGUGAAGUAAAUCACAUUAUUAUGCAGUAUUUUAGUACAUCAAUGUAUAAAAUCAGAAAAAUUAUUUCCCAUCAUUUUUAUACACCCACAUUUUCAUGUUGACUUUUUUGUCAUCACCCUGUCUGGUCCGUGUGUCCGUUCACAUUUGUUUGUGGACACUCUACAGGUAACAAUUUUUAUCCGAUUUUGGCGAAACUUGAAAUUUAGGUCUAUCUCCCAAAGGAUCUGUGUUUUAAUCAGAUUGGUAUAAUAUUAUCGGUCAGUUUAAAAUCCUAAUAUAUUACUAUUUACAUUAUUAAUUGAACUUUCGUCAUCAUGAAACACAUGGCUUAUUCUUGAAAUAUCACAAGUAAGUGACAGCCAUGUAUAAAGCAAAUUUAUAUAAGCUGUUAGCUUGUUUUUAUUCACCCACAUUUUAUAUGUCCACAAUCUGUUUGUGGACACUCUACAGGUCACAAUUCUUAUCCGAUUUUCACGAAACUUCAAAUAGCUGUUUAUCUCUAAAAGAGCUUGGUUCCUUUCGAUAUUAGCAUGUAUCAGACCAUAACUUAAUGGAUUAUGGCCCCUGAUUGUACGAAAAAUCACAUUUUUAGCUUGUGGACACUGUAGAGGUAACAAUUUUCAUCUGAUUUUGAUGGAACUCGAAAUGCAGGUUUAUAACCCAAAGAUCUUGGUUUUUUUGUGAUAUUUGCACAUAUCAGAUUGUAACUUCCUGGAUUAUGGCCCCUGUUUGUAUGAAAAAUCACGUUUUUAGCUCGUGGACACUUCAGAAGUCACAAUUUUGAUCCAAUUUUAAUAAAACAUUUAAAUUUAUCACCGUUACACCCAAAUGACAGUUGAGUUCCAAUUUUUUGAAAACAAGACCAAAACUGCCUGACAAAAUGGCGACACCUUGUACGCAAAUAGUCAUACCUAGAUUGUGGACCUCUAGAAGUCACAAUUGUUAUCAGAUUUUGAUGAAACUUAAAAUAUAAUAUGUUUAUGUCCCAAAGAUCUCAGUUCCUUUUGCUAUUUGUGCAUAUCAGAUCAGUGGCCCCUGAUUGUACGAAAAAUCGAGAUCUUAAUUUUGUAUCCGAUUUUAAAAAACGUUUAAAUAUAUCACCAUUCCACCAUAAUAAAGGUUGAAUUUGAAUUUCGGGAAAAUCAAAACGAAACUGCUCGACAAUAUGACCCCUCGUUUUACGCACUUCAGACCAGAACUUUCUGGAUUAUGGCCCCAGAUUUUUCGAAAAACUGCUUUUGUUUUUAGAUUGUUCUCUAUCCAUCUCUUGCAAAAUGUGGGUGUAUUUUGCCUGGCAACCGCUGGUUCAGAUGUUCAUAAGAUUUGACAGAGUAUAUUUUUUAAUUAUGGAAUUGUAAUAUAUAUGUAUAUAGAUAACUUUGAUUUUAUAAUAUUAUAUUAUAAAUGUGUUAUCUACCAUGUGUGUUUAAAUAGUAAUAUAUUUUCUUUUUUUAAUUAUUUGUUUUUAAAUUUAUUUGCUUUAAAAUUUCAAUAACAUCAGGAUAUAUAUUGUUUAUAAUUUUCUAUAUUUUUAUAUGCCCACAUAUAAUGUGGGGGCACAUACCACUAUAUUGUUGUCACCAGUGUGUUCAGGUCGGAGUUCUUUACAGAUAUUAUGUAAACGCCCUGGGAUUGUACAUUAGAGUAUAAGGAAGAACCCUAUUAAAUUUCAAACACAUUUUCAUUGUUACCCCAGUCAUGUUUUGACUUUUAAAGUUUGUGAACACAAUUAAAAAAAUACAGAAGAAAGUUCUAAGUAAAAAAAAAUUAGAAUGUUAUGAGAUUCUUCAUUUGGACAUUAUUGAAAUUUAAAAAAUUUGAAUUGCUAAUUACAAAGUUAUACAUCUGUUUAUAUUCAAAGUAAUGAAAUUAUAUGAUUAUGAUACAAGUCAGAGUUCUAGAUAGACUUUUUUAAAACUUGGUGAGAUUAAACAAAAGAAAUCUAUCAGGUUUUAUUUUACUAUAGUUAUCUUUUCAUUCACAUUUUAAUUGUUUUAAAACUUAUCUUGUGAAAUUUUUUAACAAUGAUUUUAGAGGUAGCACUGAUGAUUUGCUGCUGAUGGAUAUAAGGGGACCUGACAAGCCCCAGUCUUAUGUUUUCUAUUUGCAGUGAAAGAUUUAUUUUCCAAUUAUCUUGCUAUUGACUGUAUGCUAUUGAAAGGCAAAAAAUAAAAUAAAUAAAACUUAA